AUGAUUUCUCUUCAAUUAGAAGAGACUACACCUGAUGAUGACGAUGAUACAAUUCGCAUUGCACCACCUAACAGAGGAUGGGCUUUGCCAAAAGAACGAAAAGUGACACAUUUGAACGAAUCUCAGAUAAAAUAUCUCAAUGAAAAGUUCGAUGAGGGUGUACAACAAACAAUUCGAUGGAAACCAGAGGAAGUGUCAGCUGAAAUGCAACGAAAAAGAGAUUUGAAGAAUAGAUUCUAUUCACACCAGCCGAGCUUUUAA